AUGGACUCUCGAAAUUGGCCACAAAAGAUUCUGAGCGAAUUCAUUGAACUGUACCGAGAAAACCCAUGUUUAUGGAAAGUUAAAGCAUCAGAAUAUAGUGACAAAAAUAAAAAAAACGAUGCAUAUGAUGUAUUACUCGUCAAACUAAAAGAGAUAAACCCAAACUCGAACAGACAAGACGUGGCAAAAAAAAUUAAUUCAUUACGCAGUUGCUUCCGCAAGGAGUAUAAGAAAGUAGUCGCAUCAAUGAAAUCGGGCGCUGGUACAGAUGAUAUCUACAGUCCCAACUUAUGGUAUUUCGACUCAUUGAUGUUUCUCAAGGACCACGAAAUGCCAAGAUCGAGCAUCGGUAGUGAUUGUCCAGAAUUCAUUGAUACUCUUAGUCAGAACAACGAUAGCGAUGAAGUCAGUCAAGAAUUUCAGGAAACAGAUGCAAAUUUACAAAUACCUAGUCCUGUUUCUCCAUGUCUUAUAACUAAUAGCUCAUUGACCAAAAAUAACGAUCGUAAAAGAAAAAAUCAUUCACAAGAGAUGAAUAUCAAGGCUGAUGAAGUGUUAACUUUAGUUGGAGAGAAACUUAAGUUUUCAAAUCCUGAAGAUGCCCAUGAUAUUACUGGUAAAAAUAUCGCAGGAAAAUUACGAACUUUAGACCCCAUGAUGAGGAUUUAUGCAGAAAAAAUAAUUUAUGAUGCCUUGUUCGAGGCCCAGUUGGGCACCUUAAAUAGAUAUGCACGUAUUGAAAUUCCGCAAAUACCAGAUAAAAAUGCUCCGAAAUCAGCAGUCAACAACUCAAUUACUGACAAAUCCAUACAUAUCUCAGGUAUAUCAUCGCCAUUGUUUUUUCAAGGUACUGAACAAAAUGUUGAGCACGUCUAUCAAAAUCUACAGCCCACACAAUCGCGCUUAUUUUCAAUUUCAAAUCUAAUUGAUGAAAAUCAAUCAUACAAAAACGGACAAGAAACACCAGGAAAUAAUGUAGGCGAGUUCUUGUAUUUUAAAUAAAUUGAAGUGUAUUGCACUUAUCAGUUUUUA